CAAGAGUCGACGUGUACAGAAGUCCUACUAGUCUGCUCCUUGUUCCUGUCUGGAUACCAGCUUCCUUCUGCAGCGUGAUGGCCGAUGCCUGAGGCGAGGGAAGGCAAAGGAGUCAAUUGGCUGGAAUUUUGCAGAUCUGCAGAUCUGUUGUCCACAACCCUGCACAACUGCUAGAAAAGACAAGAAACUGACUGGAUCAGUACUGACUACUCUGUUCUCGGAGGGUCUUGUGUUAUGCCCUGUGCAAUAAAGUAGUUGAGGAGGGCCUUGGAAAUGGCUGGAGGGAGGAGCAACAGAGAGGUGAGGUGUUGGAAAAUGCAGAAGCAAUUAUAUUCAAAGAAAAAUAAACAGGAAAAAAAGAAAGGAAGAGAAAAAAGAGGAAAGGAAGGAAGAGAACAGACACAAAAUGAAAUCCUGUCAAAAAAUUGAAGGAAAACCAGAAAAUGAAAGUGAACCAAAGCUUGAGGAAGAGCCAAAAUCUGAGGAAAAGCCAGAGGAGGAGGAAGAACCAGAGGAGGAAAAAAAAACAGAAGGAACAUUUAGAGAAAAGCUGAUUCAGUCUCUCCAGGAAUUUAAAGAAGAUAUAUACAAUAGGCAUUUAAGCAAGGAUGAUAUGGUUAGAGAAGUAAAUGAAUUAGAUGAGAUAAGGAGAGUAAGAAACAAACUUAUAGUGAUGCGUUGGAAGGUUAAUCGAAACCACCCUUACCCUUAUUUGAUGUAGGUUACCUUUAUUUUUAUUUUUUCUCAUAUUAACGUUGCCAUAUAGCUUUCUUUAGAUUUGCAUUUUCAUGAUAAACCUUUGUUCAUAUUUCUAGUUUUAAUGCAUUACUAUAAUGGUGGUUUUUAAAUGUAUCUCUUGCUUCUACAUCUCAUUGUUGAUUAUAUUUUGAACAAAUCUUAAAGUGUAUACUUUUUAAUAGGAGAGAGAGCUUUACUCAUUUGUACAAAAAAAGGUUCCCGACAGGAUAUAAAAUGAAAAAAAUGUUACUAAAAAUAUGUGACUAUCAUAUUUUUAAAAGAAAAGGGUACAUUUGUAUAUUAAAUAUAUGCACAGAAAAAUAUGUGAGGGAUAAAAGAAAAGUACAUUAAGUGGUAGGAUUUAUGAGUGUUUUUUAAAAUUCUGCUUACUUGUAUUUUUUCUUAUUCUUAGAAUGUACAUGCAUUGUUAAAAUAAUAAAAGUUUUAUAACAAAAAUAAAUAAUCACUAGCACUUAUCAAUUUAUUUCUAAAGGCAGUGAGAUGCUUUAUAUCUGUUGAUAGGAUAUCUGUGAAAUAGAGAAAAUAAUGAUCUCUAAGGCGCCUUGUGAGGACCAAAUAUGAUAAUCACUGAGCUUUAUUUGACCUGUUUUUUAACCCAUCUGCCCAUGCAGGAGCCCAACUUCCAAAAGAUUUGUUUGAACUAUUUGGGAGGGUAGAGACAGUUCUCACCUAUGCUUAAGAACAAAUCCAGGCCAACUGUUAGUGUUGUACCACUUUUAUGUUCCUCUCCUGCUGUACCUACCUAACUGCCCAUCCCAUCCCCUUGAUACUACCAUAUAUAUUGGCUAUUACUGCCCUUUCAUCCAGGUUCUGUACUUUUCAGGCCCCUAUUGCUGUUGAUACUUUGGGAUUCUCAAAUAGUGUAACACAAUACAUUUCUUCAGUAGGCUGAAUUCCUAGAAUGACCUCUGCAGAUGUGGAAGAAUGCCCAUUUUUUCAAUUUAGACAGACAUGCAGGACCACUUGGGUCAUGAUAUAGCUACCUUGACAACUGGGAUUUUAAUCAUGGACCCCCUCUUGCCCAUAAGAGUCAGAAUGGGUCAAUUUGGGGUUUGGACCAGAAGACAAGUCUGAGUAACAGACAUUAUGCUUUCUCUGAGUCUAAAUAUGGUUUUAUCUUCCUGACUCUUAUUUCCUUAGGGUGAAUGAUCUCUUCCAGAAGAGAUCUCUUCCACUUCCAGAAGUGGACUGGUGGCAAGUCCACUUCACCAGUUAAACAGAUACCCUUAGACAUGUAUAAAUUGUAAAGGGAUAUUAAAGACAGAUUUGGACAUAUUCCCACCCUUACCUGGAAACAUGGAAGUGCUAUGUAGAAUAGUAUAACUAUAUCUAUAUGUUAAUCUGCAUAUCUAUAUAUGUAUCUGGCUCACAGUUGUGUUCUUUUCUUUUUUCUUUGUGAUGCUUUUUUAGAGGGGCAAUUCAUGUCUCUAGGGUGUUCUUCCAAUUUGCAACAGCCUGAUGGUUGCUGGUCUACCUGCAUUCCAGCUGGAGUGAAAUGAGGGUCCAGGGGCUCACUGUGGCAGUUUUACAAACAAGAUGAACCCAUCCUAUAUCUAGAUGUUUGAAUAUAUUUUUUCAUUGCUUUUAGAGAGAGAGAGACAGACAGACAGACACUGAUUGUUGAUCUAACUCACAAACUAGGUAUGUGCCCUGACCAGGAAUUGAACCCAUGACCUUUUGGUGUAUGGGAUGACAUUCCAAUCAACUAAACCACACUGACCAGGGCUACAAAUAUUAAAUUGUAAUAUUUAAUUACAAUUUAUUUAUUUACAUGUGCAUUAGUGAACACUCUGUGUAAGGCAAAUGAUGAUAGUUUAGAGUUAGGAUAGUAUUGUAAAUUUUCCUUUUCAAAAAAGUAUUCACAUUAAAUAAGUGAGUGACUUUGAAGAUAAUAAUAAAGUAGAACACAAUAUUAAUAGCAUAGGUGGUAUACCAAUAUGGCAAAAAUCCUGGUUGGAAACAUUGCCUUAGCAUAAUUGAUUUAGGGAUAAUAUCUGGAAACACCUGUCAAAAACUGUGCAGUCUAUGAUUUUACCCUACUUAUAAUUUAACAGGUUAACUGCUACUGGUUAAUGGAUAAUGGCAGAAGACAGUAGAAUCCCAGGUCAGGGACAAAGGACAUUAUUACUCAUGGCAAAAGUACUGUCUAGUGUUUCAUACUGGUUUGUAUCACUUAUCCAUGAUCUUCGGGCUCCAUGGGGUAGCACAGGGCCCAUUAUAUAUACAUGCACAUGUAGUGCAUUGUGUUGCAGAAAGAAACCCUGAGUUUAGAGAAUUCACCACUUUUUUAGUAAACAGAAGCAAGUUUUCUCUUUGUCCAGUGAAAAACAUUGAGCAACAUCCCUCAUAACAUGCACGAUGCUCAGGACCCAAGGCAGAUUGCCUCUUGCAUUAAGCUUCUCUGUGCAAUAAACCUUAAUGUGAAUGACAAAUCUUUCCUAAUAUCUCAAAUUUUGACUUCCAAUUCCAAGUUAAAUAAAGCAAAUAAUUCAUUACACUGUAGAGUGUAGGGUAUGUGUAACUCUCUUCAGUUUUUACUUAAAUACAUAGGAUAUUGAAUGAAUCCUAAAUAACUGAAUGAAAACAUCAACCAAAAGUAAAUAGUCUAUAAACUUCAAAGUUACAGAAACACAUAGCUACCCUGAUGCACAAAAGAAAAGAAGUAGAGGAACAAUAAUAAUGAAUUUACCAUGAUGCUAAUGACAGGAGUAAUCUUGUGCAAAAUUUUGCACAGUAAACUGACAGGAAAGUGUAUGUGUUUGAAAGUGAGACCAGAUGCCCUAUAUCACUGCUCCUUCUACAAAACAAAAAGACAAAAGCUAAGAGAAAAGCUGAUUUGUUCCUUUUGCAAGAAAAGUUCAAGGUUAGGGUAAAGUUUGAGGAGGAUCACUCACAGGUAGCAGUAUCCAAAAGCAGAUAUGUAUCUGAUAUUCUGACAAAAGCAUUUUGCAAAACCCUUAGCAAAAACAAUUGCAUCAUUUGAUGGAUAAUUUGGUUAGAUAUGGAACAUAUUUUUGUGUACUUAUUGGCCAUUUUUAUGUCUUUCUUUGAGAAAUGUCUAUUCAAAUAUUUUGCCUGAAUCUCUUUUAAUAUUUUUGGUGUAGGGUAAGGAAUCUGCUUAAAGGAAUGAGUUAGAUGCAUACGUGCAACAAGUUUACCAUGUGUCAGUAAAGGAAAAAUGAAGGACAGGAGGUACAGUGCAAUAUAUACACACACAUACAUACACAUACCUACAAAUAACAUGAAGCCCUUUAGCUCACUAAAAGAAAGAAUCACAUUUUCUUAAGUGGCAUUUUGAUAUCUUACUUUGAUAUCCAAGCCUCCUGCUGUCUGAUUAAGAAAUAACUAUUUUUACAAUUUUUUAUCCUAAUGGAUAAUGCUAUUACCCUUGCAUUAUAACUGUGAGAAUAGUUUUUUGGACUUCUUCCCUUCUAUAAACUUGGUUCUUUUUCAGAUCUUAUGUCACUAACCUACUAUUUAAUAGAAAAGGAAAGUGAAGCAUUGAGAAAUUGUUGUGUCUAAGGCAACCCAUUUAUUAAGUGGAAUGCUUGCCUAAGGCCAAAGCCCUUGCUCCUAAUCUCUACUCUGCAACAGUUGGUUUUUAAUAAGUAGUAUCAACAACAAAAACACUGUUGUGCUGAAUGAAUUCCCACCAUCUCCUCAAAGCUCAUGCUCUUUCAAGUCCUGGUCUUGGUUCCCACAUUUAUCCCCAUCUGAAACAUUCUCUCAACCACUCUUCACACACUCAGCCUGAAUAACUUCUUAUCAUAUCAAUAAUAGUGGUUAAUUCUUUUAAAGAAAUUCCUUCUAUUAUUUUUAAUGUGCUGUUUAUUUUUAUUGGAUUUAUUGGGGUGUCAUUGGUUAAUAAAAUAUGGGUUUCAGGUGUACAAUUCUAUAACACAUCAUCUGUAUAUUGUAUUGUGUGCUCCCCACCCCAAGUCAAGUCUCCUUUAAUCACCAUUUAUCCCCCUAUACUCUCUUCUGCCCCCUGACCCCCUUUCCCUUGGUAAUCACCAUACUAUUGUCUGUGUCUAUGAGGGUUUUUAUCAUUUUUUUUGCUUAAUCCCUUCACAUUUUUCACUGAGCUCUGCAGUCACUCUCCCCUCUGACAGCUGUCAUUCUGUUCUCCAUCUAUAGUCUAUUUCUACUUUGUUCGUUAGUUUAUUUUGUUCAUUAGAUUCCACAUAUGAGUGAAAUCAUAUGGUACUUGUCUUCCUCUGACUGGCUUAUUUCACUUAGCAUAAUGCUCUCCAGGUCCAUCCAUACUGUCACAAAGUAGAAUUUUCUUCUUUUUUAAGGCUGAAUAGUAUUCCAUUGUAUAAAUGUACCACAGCUUUUUUAUCUUCUCAUCUACUGAUGGACACUUGGGAUAUUUCUAAAUCUUGGUUAUUGUAAAUAAUGCUGCAAUUAACAUAGGGGUGCAUAUAUUUUUUUGAAUUAGUGUUUCAGGUUUCUCUUUUUAUUGUUUUUCAGUUACAGUUGUUCUGCCUUUUUCCCCAUUGCUCUCCCCAACCCCACCCCCCACUCCAAUAGUCAAACCCCCCAUUGUCCAUGCCCAUGAGUCCCCUAUUAAUAUUCCUUAACUUGACACUUCCUCUUCUUUCCUCUGUUAUCCCCCUUCCCCAUCCCCUCUGGUCACUGUCAGUUUAUUCUUUAUUUCCAAGUCUCUGGUUCUAUUUGGCUCAUUUGUUUGUUUUAUUGAUUAGGCUCCACUUAUAAGUGAGAUCAUAGGGUAUUUGUCUUUCACCUCCUGGCUUAUUUCACUUAGCAUAAUGCUCUCCAGUUCCAUCCAUGCUGUCACAAAGGGUAGGAAUCAUUCUUUCUUUCUGCUGCUUAGUAUUUAAUUGUGUAAAUGUACCAUAGUUUUUUUAAUCCAUUCAUUUACAGAUGGGCACUUAGGCUGUUUCCAGCACUUGGCUAUUGUAAAUUGUGCUGCUAUGAACAUUGGGGUGCAUAGACUCUUUUAAAUUGGUGAUUCAAGAUUCUUAGGGUAUAGUUGCAGCAGUGGGAUCGCUGGAUUGAAAGGUAGUUCCAUCUUCAUUUUUUUGAGACAAUUCCAUACCGUUUUCCACAAUGGCUGCACCUGUCUGCAUUCCCACAAUCAGUGUAGUAGGGUUCCCUUUUCUCUACAACCUUGCCAGCACUUAGUGUUUCAGGUUUCUUCAGAUAUAACCCAGAAGCGGGUCAAAGGGCAGUUCCAUUUUCCUUUUUUUUUUUUAAGGAAACUCCAUACUGCUUUCCACAGUAGCUGUACCAAAUUUGCAUUCCUACCAAUAGUGCAUGAGGAUUCCCUUUUCUCCACAUCUUCAUUGACACUUGUUUGUUGAUUAUUGAUGAUAGCCAUUCUAACAGUUACGACAGCUUUAAAAAAACUUUAUUGAGAUUUAAUUCAUACACCACACAAUUCACCCACUUAAAGUAUACAAUUUAAUGGUUUUUAGUAUAUAUGCAGUUAGGUGCAACUUAUCACCACAGUCAAUUUUAGAACAUGUUUAAGUAAAAAAGAAACAACAUACCUUUAGCUAUGACUCCUCCCCUAUGUCUCUAUUGCUUCAAUUCUAAGUGAACACUAAUCUACCUUCUGUGUCUAUAGAUUUCACAAUUCUGGAUAUUAUCUAAAAAUGUCUUCAUAAAAAUGUGUUCUUUUACAGUUGGCUUCUUUCACUUAACAUAUUUAUAAGAUUCAUCCAUUGUAUUGCAUGUUUUUCUUUAUUUUUAAUUGCUGAACAAUAGUUUAUUGCAUGGAUGUGCCACAUUUGUUUAUCUAUUAAUCCAUUUAUGGAUAUUUGAGCUGUUUGCAUUUUUUGCUUACUAUGAAUAGUGUACUAUGAACAUUCAUAAAUUUUGUGAAGAUGUAUGUUCUUAUUUCUCUUGGAUAGAUAUCUAAGCAUUGAACUACUGGGUCAUACAGUAACUUUAUGCUUAAUCAUUUCAGGACCUGCCAUACUGUUUUUCAAACUAGCUAACCAUUUUACAUUCCCACUAGCAGUGGGUAGGUUUUCCAAUUUCCCCAUAUCCUUGACAACACUUUUUAUUCCUGACUUUCUACUUUUUAAAAUUUGUAUUAUUGUUCAAUUAUGGUUGUCCCCAUUUUUCCCUGUUACUUUCCCCUGCCUUACCCACCCCCACUUCUCACAUUAAUCCCUGCCCUGUUGUCACUGUCCAUGGGUCCUUUAUACAUAUUUCUUGACCCUUCCUUUCUGAUUCUAACCAUUUUAGCAGGGGUGAAGAGUUUUUAAUUUUAAUUCUAUUUUAUUCUUGCCUUUUAAGGUAUUAUUUUUUAAAUUUGAUUAUAGUUAGUAUUGAAGUGGUUGUUAAGAUAUUCUGAAAGAGAUUGCAAUGAAUUGUUAGAUUAAUAUGAGGAUUAUUGCCAUUUUAACAGUAUUAAAAAGUUCAAUUAAUAAACAUGAAUCUUUUCUAUUCAGUUGCAUUUUAUUUAAUUUUUUCAAGACUGUUUUGUAAAUUUAUACUCAAGACUAGAGUAUAAAUUUUUAAAUUUAUACUCUGCCCUUAUUAAAUUUAUUUCUAAGUACAGGCUCCAGCACAAAUAAUGCCCCUUUUUAAAUACAAAAUAUUUUAUUACAAAAUCAUAAUCAUGUAAUUCUGUAACAUAACAAUAUCACACUGAAGGGCACUAUAUGAUAUUUUAGGUGAAGUGUUCAAAUUAAAACUAUAAAUUAUUACACCUUUAUUAUUACCCUACCAACCAUACUCAAGCGGGCACUACUUCUGCUGGACCCUGUAUUUUCUUAUUUUUGAUGCUAUUAUAAAUAGAACUGUUUUCUUAAUCCUUUUAAGAUUGUUCAUUGCAAGUGUAUAGGAAUAUAAUUUUUUUGUAUAUUAAUCCUGGAUCCUGUAAGCAUACUGAAUUUGUUUGUUAGUUCUAUUAGUUUUUAUCAGUGAAUUCCAUAAGACUUUCUAUGUAUAAGAUCAGGUCACCUGUAAAUUGAUGAUUUUACUUCUUAGUUUUCAAUCUGAAUGGCUUUUAUUCCUUUUUCUUUCCCGAUUGUCCUGGUUAGAAUAUCUAGUGCAAUAUUAAAUAGAAGUGGUAAUAGCACAUAUCUUUGUCUUGUUCCUGAUCCUAGGAGCAAGGCAUCUCAUGUCUCACCAUUAAGUAUGAUGUCAGCUAAGGGUUUUUCAUAAUGCCCUUUAUCAUGUUGAAGAAGUUCUUGAUUUGGAAAUAUUAAAUGAAACUUGAAUUAUGGAAUAAAUCCCACUUGGUUCUGAUAUAGAAUUGUUUUUAUAUGUUGUUGAUUUGUUUUCCUAGCAUUUUGCUGAGGAUUAUUGCAUGCAUAUUUGUAAGAAAUACUAUAUUUUUGUCAUAUCUUUCUCUGGUUUCGGUAACAGGAUAACAAUGCUUGUUGUAUAAAAUGAAAUGAGUGUUCUUUUGUUUUUUUAG